CAAGACACCAGAGAGAGCAGAGCGUGCCUGUCACUGAAGGGAGCAGCCAGGUAGCAAGAAUGGCAUCCACAUUUUACGACCUGUCGGCCAACCUAUUAACGGGAGUACCGUUUAAUUUCUCCUCUCUGAAGGGCAAAGUCGUCCUCAUUGAGAAUGUGGCGUCUCUCUGAGGUACGACCACCAGGGAUUACACCCAGAUGAACGAGCUCCACCUGCAGCACGCCGGCAAGGGGCUCGUGAUCCUGGGAGUGCCCUGCAACCAGUUCGGCCAUCAGGAGAACUGCAAGAAUGAGGAAAUCCUCAUAUCCCUGAAGUACAUCCGUCCUGGAAACGGCUAUGAGCCAAAGUUUCAGCUGCUGGAGAAAGUGGAGGUGAACGGGAAGGAUACCCAUCCCCUGUUUGUGUUCCUGAAGGAGAAGCUGCCAUUCCCCAGCGACGACCCAUCCGCCCUCAUGACUGACCCCAAGUUAAUCACCUGGAGCCCCGUCUGCAGGAACGACGUGUCCUGGAACUUCGAGAAGUUCCUCAUCGGGUCUGAUGGAGUGCCGUUCAAGCGCUACAGCAGGAGGUUCCUCACCAGCGACAUCGAGGGCGACAUCAAGAAGCUCCUCAGCCAGGCAAAAUAAAGAACCCGUCCUCCCAACAUGUUGUCCACCCAUCCCACUGGCACCAGCUCCUCAGCAUCUCUGGGCUCGUUGUUUUUCCCUCCAUAGCUUCUGUGGAUGGUGUGUAGGACACACUUCUCCAGACCAGCUGUGCUCUCUUGUAUACGAUGGCUGUGUUCUGCUCUUUUUUACUAUAUGAAGGGAUCCUCUGAAACCAAGCUAGUUGUGAGGAGGGUAUCUGAUGAAACGUAAAAAGGCUCAAUGUUUUCAGCUGCAUCGUGUACACGUAAAGCACUGCUGUGUUUUCUGUAUUAAGGGGACCAAUAAAUGUAUUUUUUCCAAACAUU